GAGGAAGAGGAAGAGGAAGAGGAAGAGGAAGAGGAAGAGGAAGAGGAAGAGGAAGAGGAAGAGGAAGAAGAAGAAGAAGAAGAAGAAGAAGAAGAUGAUGAUGAUGAUGAUGAUGAUGAGGGCAAUUUGUACAGCUUUGGUCUUGAUUCUGAGCUAGCAAAGGCUGAUUAUGGCUCUGAUGGUACAGAGUUGAGCCUUAGUCUAUCUAGACCAAGUAUAUCUCAAUACUCCAGCUCUCCAUUCACCAGGGAAUUGCUGGCACACCAACAAGAUGCGUCAAAUCCAAUUAUUUAUGCUGAAUCUAAUCCUUUGGUUCGGCACCCUGGGCCUAGUGUACACUUUCACGAUCGAGCUGUGCAUCAGCCCAUCGGAAUCAGCACUCCUGAAGUUAAUCGUCGGGACUGUCAUGUGUCUACGAAGCGUCAAGCUGUCUGUUUGCGCCAUUCCGAGCUAGAUCCCCCACAGUGCGUAGUGACGGAGACUCCAGAGUCGCCUAGUGGAGAGAAGAGAGAGCUCAUCGAAGUGCGAAGAGUGAGAAGGCAACGCCUGCAAGAGCAAGGACAAGAGGACGGCAAGGAGGUGCUCAUCCUAGCCCACUUUCAGCCAGCUCAAUCAGAUGGGCAAACUUCUAAUUACUUGAUGCAAAUCUCCUCCGUUCAAAAUCAGAGUUCUUACCAUCAGAGCUCCUCUUCCAUGCGACCUCUCCUUCCGGGCCCUGCCACACCCUCGGCCAGAGAAAGUUUACAUUCUCCAUCUGGUGCAUCAACGUUAGCCAACUCCCGCAGCCAGUCGCAUGUUCACGUCUCGACGGACUCGGCAAACAUGCGGCCGAUCUCUGAAGAGUCGCAUUAUAUCAUGACCAAUGACCUCGGACGCCCAAGGGGCAAUAGGGAUAAGGAGGUCGGUAGCAACAAAUGGACUUCACGAGUAAGGCUGAUUGGCCGGCGAGGCACAGAAUCUGACUCGAAUGCAUCUGGUAGUCAGCCGGCCGUUGAUGAAGGCAGCCGGGUUGUUGGUGGUGCUGUAUGUGGCGAUACGGCCACCGAAAUUGGGGUUCUAGGCAUGGACAAUCUUUCAGCCAGUGAGAGUAACCCUGCUUCUGCUGUACCCUUGCCGAAAGAUUAUCUUAAUGACCCUCUCAACGAUCGUGUUGCCACAGACGCGAUUGAUCCCGUCCCAACGGCUUCUAUGACUUCAGUAGCCACGGCGGCCAGUGUGGCGACUGCUGCUUUGGUGCACUUCCACCAUCGAGGAAGCCUGCAACUCUGGCAGUUCUUGGUCGCCCUUCUUGAUGACCCGAAAAGUCAACAUCUCAUCUGCUGGACGGGUCGGACACUCGAGUUUAAACUGAACGAGCCAGAAGAGACAUGCUUUGAGCCUGCAGUCAUUGGCAUUUCUCUGAGCUUUUAUUAUUCCUACAUACGUCUCCAGGUCGCACGUCUUUGGGGGCUUCAGAAGAAUAGACCGGCCAUGAACUACGAUAAAUUGAGCCGUUCGCUCCGUUACUACUACGAAAAGGGCAUCAUGCAAAAGGUGGCUGGUGAACGGUACGUCUACAAGUUCGUAUGCGAGCCAGAUCUCCUGUUUGCCCUUGCAUUCUCCACAGAUGAUGCACUACCAUCAUCGAUGCUGAAUCCACUCGUAUCAGUUGCAUCUGUUGCAGCCUCGGCUGUCCCUACCAUCACAACAACAGCCCCUUGCCUCCCAGUUGCGGCGAUCACGACGUUGGCAACGACUAUCAACAAAACAGUGGUUACUACCGCCACUAAAAGAGCUCAUCACAGUGGUCCUCGGAGCAGUGCUGAGCAUAGAAAAGAAGACCUUCACCCGACAGCACAACAGACAGUCUCAUCGGAGCCCGUAGAAGGUAGAUUAACUUCGAUUUCAGCAAAUUCUCUUCCAAUUCACUCGAUGAACGGUGCCACUACAGCCCGUCCACUAGAAACUGUACAGCUUCCCCCUGACAGCACUCUCAGUUCCAUAUCAGGUUGCUCCAACAUCCGCAAUUCCAAUCAUUUGUCUGGACUUCAUCCAGAAACAGCCGGUAUUACAGCCUGCAACCGAUUUCACUAUUCGGAGCUAGACGGUUUCUAUACGACCUAUUCCUCCUUAUCGGAAUUCGACACGGAAAGUUCCCACUUGCUCCGGUCGCCACCUCAACAAUACAGCCAACAGUCACUGAAACCAUCCACAUCAGUCAGCCGCACUACAUUCAUCUGUCCUAGCGAUGAUAGUCCCGUAAUAGUCAGUCCCAAACUGUCCUAUGACUAUUCCAUUCCUCAGGCUUCCCACUUCGAAAGGGAAAAUCCCGUUAGAUCCGAUUGUUCUGGCUUGCAUGCAGGCGGCAUCUUUCAUGGUGUUGAUGAUCACCAUUUCUAUCAAGACGAGGCCUUUGCGGGCAUAGACUCAGAAUGUCCUUUUCGGCAUAAGAGGUCUCAUAACUUUUCGCUUUCCUCCACCACCGUGGUAAAUGGAAAUUGCUUCCUAAACGCCAACUCUCAUCCUUCUACCGACUCAUCAUGCUCCGACUCUUCUUCCUGCUCUUCCUCGGCAUCUACUGCCUCGUCUCCGACAGAAUCACAAACAUCUGACAAUUCAUUGGUCUCCGAUCUUUGCCCACCAGCUGACGAUUCUGCUUAUUACCAAGGUACAUGGCUUGAGGCUGAUUCCAUUCGGCCAGACAUUUUGCUCCAGACUGGUCACCGACGUAUUAGUUAUCCACUGGAACUCGAAUAUGACAUUGGACAUCUUCUACCGAAUGAUGAAACGACAAGUUCCGUGAUUUCAUAUCCUAUGAAAGCUGUGUCAGGAUGUGAGACUACUAGAGAGCAGCAUAUUUCGCUUAUUUUUUCUCAGUCCCUCAGCCCGAACCUCGUGGUUGGAAAUGAACUUCAUCAGAGCCCAGAAGUAGACGCUCCAGCAUUGGUCUUUAAUCAUACUAGUUACAAUUAUUACAAUGAACCUGAGAUUAGUUGUAAUCAGAAGCAGCAGCAGCAGCAACAACUUCCUUCCAGUGAUGUGGCACAGGCCCAUUGGCCGGUAGUAAUUUCCUCCCGACAUACAGAGUGCUACACCUCUCCCAGAUCGGAGUAUCCACCCACAGCCGUUGAAAAACUAAGUGAACAAAAGACGAUUGAAAGCAUGGAAUCGAUGGUGGGGUCCCAAAUGGAAUUAGAUGGAAUGCUGAAUUCAGCAUGGAGACACUGA